CCUCAUGUUGGGAUACAGCAGCAGCCACCAGUUUCGGGUGGUUAUGUGCAGGCUGGAGUACAGCAGCAGCAGCCAGUAUCUGGCGGUUAUGCUCAGCCAGUUUCGGGUGCUGGUUAUGGGCAAAUGGGUUACGGGUCAUACCAGUCCGGUUAUCCCGAACAGCAGCCGCCACAACAACCACCAGUAGCAGCAGGAGUAGGAGCAUACGGUUACCAAUCUUCUACAGGUGGUGAUCAAGCGGCUUAUGCUGGGGGAAGUUAUGCCCAGCCAGCGGCUGCCGUUCAUCAAGGUGGUUAUGAUCAAUCGGUUCAACCGCAGCCUGGUGGCGGCGGGUAUGGAAACGGGGCACCUGCCGGGGCAGCACCGCCUGUUGGUUACUAG